UCAUCAACAGUUAAAGUCGUGCCUCCAUUAAAAUCUCAAUAGAAGGAAUUAAAAGAAGGAUAAAGAAACGAAAAUACAGAAAGACAGCCUCAUCGUCGCCACCACCGCUACCAGAAAUCGUUAAAUCAGAUAUUGAAUAGCAACCGUCGAUCAGGAGGCGAUUGAUCAUCGUGAGCCAUGGAGGUCCGACCCAAUCAGACGGCCGACAACUCGUCGGCCACGCACCAGCAGAGUCAGAGCCAUACAGCAGCAACUAGUCAGAAAAAGCCUGCUGCUUCUUCCAUCCCCGUCGACACCACCUCCGUUUCUCAAAGGCUUCAGAAGGAGUUGAUGUCUCUCAUGAUGAGUGGAGGAGAUCUUGGCGUAUCGGCUUUUCCUGAAGGCGAGAGCAUUUUUGCAUGGGUUGGCACAAUCGAAGGUGGAAAAGGAACCAUGUAUGAGGGUUUAUCGUACAAGCUUUCUUUGCGUUUUCCUCUGGACUAUCCUUUCAAGCCGCCGCAAGUCAAGUUUGAGACAAUGUGCUUCCAUCCAAAUGUUGAUCAGUUUGGCAACAUAUGUCUUGAUAUCCUGCAGGACAAGUGGUCUUCAGCAUACGACUGCAGGACUAUACUUCUGUCCAUUCAAAGUCUGUUGGGAGAGCCAAACCCGGAGAGUCCCCUCAACAGCUAUGCUGCUGCACUGUGGAGUAAUAAGGAAGAUUACAAAAAAAUGGUCCACCGACAGUACUUUGCUGGAGAAUCAUUGGAGAGCUGAUUUGUACAUAGAACUCACGACAGAUGACAAAAUUGUCAUGUGGCCCCUGAUUUGUGUGCAGCUCUGGUGAGGUGAAAUUCUGCAACGGAAAGUAUAGUUUCUUUUCUCAUGGAAUCCCGGGCUGAUGGAAACCCUGGCCAAGUUGUUUAUACUGCCUGUCCUCUCUGAUAUCUUUGCUAUAUAAAGACAAUAAGAAGUUGUAAAUUUGGUUGAAUCAAAUGAAGGUGAAAACUGUUUGUCUAAUGACUGGAGGCACCAUUCCCGCAUCUUUCUUAA